AUGUCCUCCAACGCAGCCCAACAAGGCUCCGCCCAGUCGGGUGCUUCGGGAAGACAGCCCCCUCAAGAGGGAAGAGCUGGCGCCGGGGCUGAAGAUCGUCUCCGGGACUUCGAGGAAGACAUCGACCUCGAACUCGUGAGCAGCGAACGUUCUGGGAGCCAUGAGCGACAAGAGAGCCGAGCCCAACGUGUCGCUGAUGCAAUCGCGAGGGUUGACCGGCUCAUUCCUCACGGCCCAGGAGCCGCCGGUGAAGCAGCUCAGCCUAAUGAUGGUCAGACGAAAGACCUUCGAGGUGCUGGGUCGCGAUUCUCGGAAUAG